AUGGAGGCUGCAAGUCAUCCUCAGCCCGACUCCGCCCCACGGGAAGGAUACGUUGUUUCUCAGGAAAUGGAUUGUCUCCCUUCUCCCGCUGACCAUUUUGAGCGAGCGCUACAGGUUCCGCCGUCUGUGGAAGUUGUGCUUCACAAACUUCUGGAUGGUCUCGAUAGGGCUGUCAAUGCAUGGCAGGUCCAGCAGUUGUUUUUACUGCAGCAGGAGCUCUCCGCGUUCCACUUGUCUUUGCGGGAACAGUCUGCCAAGCUGGACGCCGAGGCGCAGCGCUUUGUAAAGACGGAAACCACCUGCACUUCGGAGACAAACAAUGCAGCGAAACUGCCUCUCUCCUCUCUUGUUUUCUCGCUUCUCAUUCGGCUUGUCCUCCGUUCCAUUGCGAACCGUCCCCUGUUCGAGGAGGCUCAACCGCCUGCUAACGCUUCCGACGUGGCCUCCUCCACCGCGUCAACUUCAUCCUCCCCAUUCUUCCAGCAGAUUCGUCGCUUCUCUCUCCUCCUGCAUGUGAACGAGGAGCGGGCCCUAUUCUCCCGCUACCCACCACUGCCUACCCUGGAAAUAUCCGAAGAGCCCCUCUCUUCGUCCUCGUCUCUCUCCUCUUGCACGUCGCUUCACACGUUUCUUCUCACCGCAAAGGCUUCGCUGAAGGCGAAGCGCAUAGCUGUCGAGCAACUGUUCUCCUUCCUGCAUGACUCCGAGCUCCAAAACCUUCUCACACCCUCCAUUCAAGAUUUCGCGGCACUGGAACUCGUGAAAAUCGACACGACCCUGCGGGCACUGCUGCCCGCUCUGCGGCGGACGGCGACGGUCUUGGCGGAUGCAACGGCCACAGAGGCCCUGCGGGCUUCCCUGCGUCCCUCCUUUUAUUCGUUCGCGCUACCGGGGCAGGCGCAGACUGGAGGCGAAUCUUCGGCAGGCGACGAAGCGCGACACGAGGAAGGAAGUGCCGGCGUGCUGGCUACGCGGCUCUUGGCUCUGUGGUCGACUUCGCUGCGCCGGUUUCUCCAGGCUUCGCUGGGGGUGUACGUACCGAGCUCGUCAGACAAGCAGCGCGCGCUCAUCGACCUCUCGUUUGUUGCCUUCAGUCCAGCAGAAGCCUCGCCUCACAUUCUGGAGGCCUUCCUCGCUUUCUGCUCGCCGGCCUCCGCGCGCUGUUUAGACGACGGCGCCGCCUCGCUUUUGCCGGCGGAUGCCGAGCCGCGAAAAAGGAGGAGACACCACAGUCAGGACGGCGAUGGCGCCGGAGAGCCGCUCGCGAGUCUCGACAUCCUGAAGGAGGUGCUUCUGUGCUACAGAGACUUCAUCGCGUCGGUCUUCCACUCCCUCGAAGGCGCCUGGAGAGCCUCGGGUAGGGCUCGUCCCUGGCGGGUGCGAAGCGAAGACGAGGGAGAAGAAGCUCGCGAGCGAGAAGACUUCUACGCGACCUUGGAAGAGGCGUCUUCACUCUCGCCUUCGUUCUCAGCCUUUAUUGAAGCCAGCGACAGCCAGGAACGCAGACGACGAACCCGACACUCUGCGCGCACACACGGAGAUGCAGAGGCGGAGGAACCGCAGCCGUUCCUCCCUCUGCAUUUCCCGGGAGCUGCUGGAGAGAGGCCCAGUGUCGUCGACCGCCUCCUGACGAGUUCAGACGAUCCAGCUGGCCUCCCGCACCUUCUGCGCCUCAUCACCUGCCUCGUGGACGCCCUGCUAGCGCGUGCGGCGCGGGCCGUGAACGCGACCGGGUGCUUGGCCGCUUGUCCGCUCUUCGACGCCGCGAAAGCCGCCGAAAAAUGUCCCUCGUCUGCGAAGCGGGCGCGCGCACGGGGACACGCGGCUUCCUCAAACGCCGCGGGUCGCUCCGCCGAGCAGGCCCCCGCAAGGGCGGCGCCGGUCGCAGGCGGCGAUGCUGGGUGGAGGGGGGACUGCGAGGCGAGCGCUGAGCCUGAGAAAACGACGCUGGGGAGAGAACGCGGAGAUGACAGAGCAGACGAAGCACCCGGCAGCAGGGAGACGACCGACUGGGCGUCCGUAGAGGCUUGCGUGCCCCUGGCGUUCUCGCUCUGCGGCUCCUUCCUGAAGCUGCUUCGGCUCUGUGUGGACAUGGGCCCCGCCCUGGCGUCGGUCUCCCCCGGGCUCGCGCCUUCUGCAGGCGGGAGCGGCGGCGUGGAGGCGUUUGUAGCUGAGGCCACGUCGGCCUGUCUACGCCGCUGCAUGCACCUGGAGAGCCUCGCGAGCCACCUGCGGGCGCGGCGCGGCUCCAACGCGCCGUCGUGCGCCUGCUCUGCGACCUGCGCUUAUCCGCGAACUACGCGGCUGGCGCUGGGCUUCCGCUGCGCACCGGCGCUCGUGGCGGUGGCGGUCCUCUGCACGCGGCCGCGCACGUUCGUCGUCGACGGCGAGGCUCUUCGCGAUGAGGCAGUCGAAGAGCAGCUGGCUGACGAGACCGAAGACAGUCCUUUCGCGCUGCCGUCGCUCUUCGCCGCGAUGCAGGCAGACGAGGACUUUCGCCGUGACGUUUUUUCGGUGCUCGCCUUCGAUUCAAAGUUUUCGUUCCUGCUCUACCGCCUUCCGUACUCCCUUGCGCGGGGGGCUCUCGAGUUUCUCGCGGCGCAUCAGCCGAACGAGGCGCGGCGGCGGUGGCCGUUUUACGUGCUCCUGUCCUCUGUGCGAGCGCUCUACGAAGACAGACAAGAGGACGGAGCUUGGCUGGAGUCGGCCAUUGCGUCCACCUGCAUGCAUCAGCCAGCUGCUGCGCGGGCCUCUCAGUCUCUCUGCUUCCCGACAUGGCAGGGGCUUCAGGAGGCGAGUCUGAGCGCCGACGGCGACGCCUUCUCGGUCGUGGAUCUUUACCGAGACCUUCUGGCUGGGGCUUCUGAGUGCGAAGACUUCGUUCCCCAGCGUCUCUUCUUCCUCGGCCUGGCGCGGACGCUGGCGGCGGGUCCGCGCCUGGAGGUCUCCAACACGACGCUGCGCCUCCAGCAGCAACUGCGGCACACGCAGAUGCGUUCGUUCCCGCGCGCCGUUCUCCUCGAUGACAUCGCGCUUGACAUGCUUUGCGCAAGUCUGCAAUGCGCCCUCCUAGGGCGCUGCCAGGGCGUGUUGGAGAAGAUAGACGUCUUUGAGCAGGUGAUCGCCCUCGUGGAACGGCGCCUGACAGAAAAUUUUGCGAAGCACCGUUUGUUCGCGCUUCGGACUCUCCGCGAAGUCGCGCGCCUUCUGCCGACACUGCUUCUCGCGGAGGCCCUGACGCGCCCUUUGUUUACGCAAUUCUGGUCCCUCGUCUUCAGAGUGGACUCGCUCCUCUUUCUGCCUCUUCUGUCGCUUUUCCGCGGCUCAGAGGGGGGAACGUCUUUGCUCGAUGCGCAGCAAUCUUCCAGCAGCGAACCGUCCUUCUCCGCCGGCCUGGGCGCACUGCUGGAAAGUCUGUCCUACGAGCUCCUCUGCCGCUACGGCCCCAGUCUUUUAACGCUCCAGCCCAACACAGCGCCGCCGGAUGAGAACGUCUUUAGAGCCCUGAGCAGUCUCCUUUCUUCUCGCGGCGCGGAGGUCCCGACCUCCUCCUCGCCUGUCGCCCCCCCCCCUGCGUCUCCUCCUUCAGCCGCCGAGAACGGGCUGGGGGGAAGCGGGGAACCGAGCGCGGAACGGCGUGAGAAGGAGCUCGAUUUGAAAGACUUGCUGCUGGUGCUGCUCGCCUUCUACGUUCAGAAGCAACAAGAACUCGCGGCGGCGGCGACGCAGGCCUCCUCUGCGUGCAACCCGAUGCGCCUCAGCGGGGACUCCUCGCCUCGACAGGUGGGCGCAGCCGCGGCGGUCGCCUUCGGGCCGCAGGAUGGAGCCUGUCUGUGA